AUGAAUACACCAAAACGAUUACUCUCAGGUUGUGAUGAUACAUCAGAAUAUUUACCAACAAGAAGACGAUCGAGAUCACCAAAUGCUGAUUUAAUAACGCCAAUUGAUGGACAAAUAGAACAAGUGGCUAAAAGACAUCGUGUACCGAGUGAUACUGUCAAACGUAUUAUCUCCGACCUUUUAACUGAAUCAACAGUCAUCGAUUAUCUUCGUACACGAAUUAAUCAAGAUAAUUCAACUGAUCCAUCAAGAAAUGAUGAAUCUCUUCUUCCUCCAACGAAUUAUUUUGAUAGUUCAUCACAGUUAAAUUCUUCGAAUACAUUUUCAUUAAAUCAACAGCCAAAUUUAUUAUCAUCAACAGCGAUAGUUGAUGAAUAUGAUCCACUUUGGCUUGAAUUUCUUCAAUCACUUAAUACAGUUGAUAAUAAUAAUUCGAAUAAUAUACAACAAAAUAUAACACAAUCAACGGUUACAUUUGAUUCGUUAUUUAGUGAAAAUGAUGAUGAUGAUGAAGAAUUUAUUGGACCUGAUGAUGAAAAUCAUAUUGAAACUAUUGAUGAAAGAAAAUUACGUGUAUCAAAACGUGAAUUAGCAUUAUUAUUAAAAGAUAGUAAUGCCUCACCACAGAAUGAUGUUUCUUGUGCUGAUGAAGAAAUACUUCGCGGUGAUCAAUAUGAAUCAUUAUGGACGGAAUUUUUAGCUUCUCUUCAAACAGGAACAGAUUCUAAAACUGAUUAUCAGCAGGAUGAACAACAAAAAUCUAUAAUAACAACAACAACAGAAGAUGAUGAUAUUGAUGAUGAUCCAGAAUUUCGAUUACCAGAAACAGAUUAUGAAAUUGAUGAUGAUCUCGGGGAUGAAUUACAUGUCUCAAAACGUGAAUUGGCUUUACUAUUGGAAGAUAAUGCAUCGAUAUUAAAUCAAGAAGAUAUUCCAAAUAGGAAUGAAUUUGUUAAUCCUGAAUCUGUUUCAUCAAAUACAACUUGUUCUACAAUAACAAAAACAACAACAACAACAACAGCAGAAAUUCAAUUAACAUCUGAUCAACGUGAUAUUCUUCAAUAUCAAUUAACAGCUUAUGUUCAAUUAUUAACUCAAUAUAUUUUAUUACGUCGUGAAACAAAUUCAUUAUCAUCUGAUGAACAAUCUCCUCAACAACUUUUUAAUGAUCUUAUCUAUUUCCGUAAUAAACAUUCCAAUUCAAUUUUAAAUAUACCUUUAUUAACCGAAGCACAACGAUUACUUGAAUCUCCUGCACCAUCUAGUCGACGAAAAGCUUUCGGUAAUCAUCUUCCGUUUUAUUUAAUGGAUACAUUUUGUAAGAAUUCAGCAUUUGUACAUGAUUCAUUAUUACCAACUUGUUUAUUAUCUCCGACAAAUUCAAAUAUGACAACAUUAUUUAAUAAUCAAACAUCAAGAAAUUUUGUAUCCGGUGAAGAUUGUUUAAUGGCACUUGGUCUCGAACAAAAUGAUGUAAAAAUGUUAAUUAUUGGACAUAAUGAAAAGAUUAUUAAUGAUCGUCUUAAUAGUCUUCGAUAUGUUCGUGUACGACGUGGAAAACAAAAUCCAAUUAAAGCUUUUUUUACUUAUGGUUCUGUGCCUGAUAUAUCCUUACAUCCUUGGUAUCGUAUUCCAGAUGGACAUGAUAUAAAUCAAAUCUAUCCAAACGGACUUAUUGAAAAAGAUAAUGUUAUUUUUCCUUCUUGGUUUCGACUUUCGUAUAAACGAUCAAGACAAUUAUCAAAACGAACAGAUAAUUCAACUAUUCCAACAACAGCAACAACAACAACUUCGAUUAUUGAUCCAAAUGAUAGCGUAUCUUCAUCGACUGUUUAUGUUGUUGUAGAAGAUUCAUCAUCAAAUUCUCGUACAACAACAUCACCUAAUAAAGUUUUACAACAAAUUCAUAUGUUACAUUUACUAAAUUCUUAUCCUAAAUUGCAACCAAAACAACAAUAA